AUUUGCGUUUAUUCUGCAUUGUCACACCUAACGGUUAAGAUUCGCCAGGCGGAGCAAAAAUAAAUAUAUAAAGCUGAAUCAGUGAUAUAGUUGGACUAUAGCUGAAGAAAUCUGAAAUAUAUUUUUGACACAAUUCAGUCGUUCAGUAAAAAAGUACAGUUACAGUAAAAAGUACAGUUACAGUGGAAAGUGCUAACCGGAAUUGACUAAAUUUUGAGAUCAAGUGUCAAGUAAUACACAGAUCUGUAAAAGUUUUUUGAUUAAACGGAGUGAACUUGGAAAAAGUUGAGAAUGUCAGCCCUGUCGUCGCCCACCACCUGUGGUUGCCCACCUGUCCAGUGGACACUCGUUGUCAUUGUGCUCCUGUCAAUGGCGAUUGGACCGGGAAACGCCAUGCCCCGGUCAGCCAGGAAUACGCAGUUGUUGUUCAGUGAGCUCCUGGGAGGCGGAAAUGAGGACAACAACUAUUAUGGCGAGCAGUUGAAGUACCAGCAACAGCAGCAGCAGGAGCAGAAGCAGCAGCGUUUGCCCUCCUUUGCCAGGAAAUGGCCUUCGCUGAGGGAUCUCCUCCUCACAGCGGACUACGAUGACUUUGGAGUCACCCAGGAAAGUGACGAGCAGGAGACCCCCAAUUCCCGUCUGCUGGCCCGACUCCACAAACUCGGCGAAAAUGGAGGCGGCGAUGAGCUGCGCUACAAUGUCGUCGCCGAUCUGACCAAUAUGCCCAGCAAGAAGGUGAUGCCAGGACACUCCCUCAAGGAUCACAACACCAAGAAGAAUGUUCAAUUUCGUAAACAAUAUAUGUCGCCUUGCCAUUUCAAGAUCUGCAACAUGGGCCGUAAACGCAACGCCGGCUACAAUCCCUACUGAAGAGAAUUAAUGCUAGAAAUCCGAAGCAAAAAACAAACCAAAGUAAAAUAAACCCUUUUAAGAAAACUAAGAAUUUGCAUUGUCACAAAACCGUUGGACGAAUGUUCAAAUGCCAAGUAUUGUCUACCGUUCUAGUUUUAGUUAGAAACACCGGCGCAGAAUUUAAUUAGUAACUAUGAUUAUAUUGUAUUUAUAAAAUAUGUCUCGACCUACACACACACAGACACACACAUCUGACCCCUGCUCUCUGCAAAUUGACACCCACACAGACACAUGCACAUGCACACACUAAAGUAUUUCCAUAUUAGUUAUAAAUAUAAUUAUUAUCUAUGAUUCUUGUUGUAUUCAAAAUACAUUAAAUAAUAAUAACCAACACAAUGUUGUUAGAUAUUAAGCCAAAACUUA